AUAGAGCAAAUUAAAGAGUAGGAGUGAAUUUCAGAUUAUCUUAUACUCGUAUAGCAUUUACUGAUGUUUAUAUACGACUACAAAUUAAAUUCAUCUAUGGUAAGAAGGAAUAAUUAAAAAGUAUUUGUGUGCUGAGAAAAAAAUAAAAUUAUUAUUUCGUGAAAUUUAUCUCUUGGUGAAGAUGCCCCUUAUCAUGGGAGCAGUCGUAAUGUUGGCCAGCCUGAUAAUUGGGUUGUAUUUCUAUCCCGUCGUCUGCAUUAAAGAGCAAGUGACAGCUCGAGCUAUAUUGUUGACAUUCGUAUGAAAAUUACUCUGCCGCGUCGUACUUAAAAAAAGGAAAAUAAUUUUUUAAAGGAUUAACUAUAAAAUAUAAGUGAACAAUUUGUUUAAUUUAAGCCAUUUGAUUAAACAAUUUUUUAUGAAUUGUGUAUACUAAAAGAAAGCUACGGAUUAAAGGAUAAUCGGUAUUUGAGGAAGUAUAAUUACAUAGAGUUAAAUAGAUUUUAAACGUUUAGAGAUUAUGCUUAAAUGUUGUCUAUAAAUCGUUUGGCUGUUGCAUAUCGAUUAGUAUCGUUUAAUAGUUCUAACAAUGACUGCUUACUGGAAAACUCUGUUCAACCACCGUCGUAAAUGUUGUUCUCGUCAGUAAGUGUAUCCUCACCUCACCGUGAACGAUAAAGUGCGUGUGUAAAAGUAAAUCAAUCCGUAUGGUAUUACGCGCAGUACCCACGGCGUCAUUUUCUAAAGAAAAAUAAUAGUUUCUGAAUUAACAUUUCAUUCUUAUAACGAUCUUGGUACGACGAUAAAAAUCGACGUAGAAAUAAUCAAAAGUAACGCGUAGAAGAUGUUCGACUUAAAUAUCAAAUAAAAGUCAUUCCACCCGAUAAUAAACACGUGAUACCCCUUUAUAAUGACUACUUUACAUCCAUUUAUUAUUUUCUCCGAAACAACUGUUUUUUCUUUCAUCGACAUAAUUCCUAUUUUAAAGAACGUAUCAAAGUGACAGGUGAAAUAUAUAUUAACUAUCCUAACAUUUUUAGGUUUCAUUUAUAGUGUUGCUCUAAGGUGCUCCUAGUGCUCACGUAAAAAGUAAGCUCUAACUAUUGUUACGAAUUGAAAUCUUUCGUGACGACUGGUUCAAGUGUAUGGAAGAAUCAAUCAUUGUUCAGUGAGUGCGAUAACGAGAGCGGCAACGGUGAUCGAUUAGAAUUAGUGAAAUCGUAAGUGAAGUGGUCAAACAGAUAAAGAGAAAGAAGUUUCGGCAUGACCUGUGGCGGUGGUGAGAUCUCGUUAGAAAUAUCGGGCGGGGAGGAGGAGGUAUGGAAGCUGAAGCUGGUCGACAGUCUCACCAUCAGGGGCUGCAGCUUACCCUGCCAUCCCCGGGAAUCCCCGGAUUGGACGUCGUGAGAGCCUUGCAUCAGACUGUGAUAUCACUGCGUUCCGCACUGGAUUCCUCACGGGAAGAGCUUCGCCGUCUUAAGGAAAGUGUCGGUGAUUUUUCUGGCGAAAGCUACGUUGACGUCGUGGAGAGGCUCGCUCUCGAGAAUCACGUCCUUAGGCGAAAGAUCCUAAGCAGGAAUAGUGAGUUUUCCACUGAUGCUGCCACAAGCCCGCCAGCCCAAUCUCGUCUUUUUCCACUUGCAGUAGAGGAUACUAAAGAUCUGUCAGAGCAAGCAGGCGUAUUCAUGGACGCGUCCAGGGACAAAGUCGUCGCGGAAGACGUGUCAGAGGCGUCUAAGCUGAUCAUCGGAGCACGGGUUACCAGCAGCAGUAACAACGACGACGAGAACAUUGAUUCGGUUGAGAAAACAUCGAAAAGCGACGAAGGAUCCAUGGAUCAGAAGUGCGCAAUGUCUAAAGACACAACUGCUCUUAAAACAUUGACACGAAUACCUGGUGGCAGUUUGGUCGAUGUUGCGGAUAGCAGUAUCCUUAACGAGCUCGCCUCGACCUCGGGUAAUAGACAGUGCAAAGACGUUGAAGAGGAAGAAGCUCGCGGUGAUCAUCUGGAUAUACCGGACAAGGAUUUGGAGGAUCUGAGUCUGAAGUCUGUUUCCGAUGGUGACAAUUCGGUGUUCAGUGAUAAUCCUGAUGGUCAGCUGCAGCAGCAACGACAAUCCACCGAUCAACCAAAGCCUAACGAUCAGUCUGAGAACGAGUCUGAAGAGCUUGACGAUAUAGAGCUGAUAUUCACCACUGAUGACACUUGUCGCGACCUUGGUCUUCAAGAGGAUCUCGUCUCCAUAACGGAGGCUGAAUCCUGGCCACAGCCUGCGACUACCGGUCAACCGGUCAUGUUGAAAUACACGAAAUCAGCUGAAGGUGAAACUUUGGUUUGCAAUGGCGAGAAAACAAGCUCGGUUGAGGAGGCAGUCUCUUCUCAGAGUUCAAGCAUCGAUCGCGAGGAAAGCGUUGAUAGAUUCGACGAGAGUUCUAGCUCUAGAUUGAACAAAAUGUGGUCGCAAUGUUCGGUACUGGUUGAAACUGACAUCAGUAAGUGUGGAGUUGUCGAAGAGUCGGACCAUGCCACCAGACACGCUGUCAGAAGGAACACUUUGGCCGCGCCACCCACCGCCUACAGACCGAUAAUUCAUCGAGAAGCUUUGGCUGGCGGUCGUCGAAAGAGCUCAGCUCCAUUGAGACCGGUGAUGGACAGAAUUAGCGGUGCAAGACGGGAAUCCGGUGCUCAAACAGACAUUUCCGCGCUUCCGGCUCAUUGGAGGUCCGAGAGUUAUCUUGCGCACAAAGUGGCUCAUACAUUCACCACGUUACCCAGUAAAUUUGCUCUGCCAACCGGUGUACCAGGAAGACUCAGGUUGUCCGAUAAGACCCGGGAAGCUAGGAGAGUGAUGCUGUCGGACAUCAGUUUCACCAGCAUGGUGCCAGAAUUGUCCAGAAGCGCUGAUCAUCUUUGUCACGAUCCACACGCACAGACUUGUUUCAGUACACGAGGUUGCGGUCUCCGAACCCCAGACGUUCAUCGCCGCGAGUCCCUAGGAUCCCCAGCUGGAUUUUGGCCUCGUUGCAAUCCUGGUACAGGACUUCCGAGUCCUUGCGAUUGCCGUCUUUCCACAGACUUCUAUUCGUCGAGAUAUCGUGGCUCUUUGACUUCGAUUCCAUCACCAGGAUUGGAAGUAGUCGGAGGUCCAUCGCGAAGACACUCUUGGAGGGCAACAGCGGCAUCCUUUGAUACCUGGAGGGUACCAGUAGCUACUUCUACACCGAGACCAACUUGGUCCUCGAUGCCAUCUUCACCUACGCAUGUGCAUCCACCUGCCACCACCUCGAAGACUUCCAAGAGCGUUCCCAAGAGAACCCGAUCAAAGGUCACUUUCCAAGAUUGCCCAAUGACACGUGGUAGCUUGCCGAAUUUACGGUCGGAUUUGGCGACCGGUGAAAACAGCGGCGAUUCGACCGAAUCGUUGAUAGACGAGGCUGAGGAUUAUUUGCGACGAAGCAUCGAUUCAAUGUUGACGAUCUCCAGCAGUGGCGUUAGUUCGGACUAUUGGAAUAAACAGACGGCUAGGAGGAGACGCACCCGACGUUAUUCCGAGCCUGAUCUUAUUCGCGACUGGCACCCGCCACAGGAUGCUAGACCGUACCUGCCAAAGAUACCGAGGGAUCUCAAGCCGGAUCAUCUGGUGAAGGUUAUAUCGCCGGAAGGCAAAGUUCUGCAAGGUCGAGUCAGAUACGUGGGACCUGUACCAGGUCGCGAGGAGACUCAUGUAGGCGUUGAGUUGCCACAUCUGAACGGCUCCUCUGAUGGCACUUUUCAUGGCAGAAGAUUCUUCGAUUGCGACCCUGAUCGCGCAAUUUUCGUACCGUUCAAGAAGGUGAUCCUCGCCUGGUGCACCACUUGACCCGAACCACCAAGAAACCUGACAACUCCUCGAAUUCUACUGUCUCAGUACACCAUGUGAAUUGAAACGGUGACACGUACAUUAUACGCGAUCUCUUGGAAGAUUUCAAUGGGUACGUGACAUUUCUUUACCACCUUAACGAGCCAGGAAACAGCACUCAACACCGAAGAGGGGGUAAGUUCUUCUGCAGAAACAGACGUUUCUAAAAUACCAGAAAAAGAGGAUAUGUUCUUUAUUGUUCUUAAAUGAAAAACUAUAUCAUUUAAUUAUUAUUAAUUCACAGUUUCUUCUAUUGAUCUUUCUUAAGUUCACUUUGAAACAGUGCUCGUUUAUAAAUUCUAAUUAAUUAGAAAAUUGUAAAAGAAUAUAUCGUAGAACGUACCUCUAGGAAUCUAGUUGAUCUCUGCAAAAGAUGUCCACCUGAAAAAUGGGUAAUCAGUAUUAUUAUUGCUCGAGCGGAUGUUGUAUCGCUCGAAUAAAUGCACAAAAUCAUAUCGAUGGAUCUCUGUUGGUUGACAAAUUUAAAGAGCGAGUGAAGAGAAGAUUUCAUGAAACUAGACGUAGAAUAACGAUCGCAAUGAAGGAUUCGCUAUUGUCAAUUAAUCGUCUUUUCCUUUUGUGAUACAUUGCAAAAAGACUACAAGCUUAUGCGGAACUAUUUUUGUAACAUUCUUCAGGCUGUAAGAAGAAAAACACGCUGCAAGCGUUCUUUUAAUUGUAGUAGUAGUAUACUGGAGAGUCUUUAGUGUUCGACUUAACAAUGCUGAAAAUAUAUAUUUUUUGAUAGAGUUUGAAGUAGACAGAUUUCAGUGAAGAGAAUUUUUUAUAUUUAUUAUAUUUUUGUUUAUUUUUGUCAUGUUUACAAAGGUAGUUUUUUGGAAGAACGUAUUUUUUACAAUUUUAAACAUUUGAGAUAUUCAAUUAUAUUUGAUAGUCUAUUUUCUGCACUGAAUUAAUAACGUGUUCUGCCUAUUUUUAGAAAAGUUUUUCAUGGUUUUUAUAUCAGGAUCAUCGUACAAAUUAGAUUCAGAUUUUAUUUAUUUUUCUUACAUUUUUACAUUUAAAUCAGAUAUAAUAAGCGCUCAUAACAUAGCACAUUUUGAAUAUUUUUUAUAUGAAUUAUUAAUUAAAAUUUUGUCUAGAAAUGCAUAAAAGGAUAAUAUUUUUUCAGAAAAGAUAUAGAAAGCAACCAAUUAAAUGUGAUUUAAAAUAUAAACUAUAUCAAAGUUCCUUCUGACGAUAUCAGUUAAAAAGCACUCGAGGAACAUCGUCGUGUCUCUCCUUAAAGUUCAGUUUACUAGUUAAACAAAGUUUCUCGUGAAACGAUAUUGUAUCAGCCUUCGAUUCGCUGUAUAGAACAGAAUCGUCUCGUUGUCUAUAGCAUGCAUUACAAUCAGAUUCUGUCACGGUGAACGUGUUACUGAAAGCGACAAUAUCGAUUCCCUCGUUGCGACUCUAGCUACGAAGUGUCACCUCCUGAUAACGCUUCGUCAGUGAUAAAACGAGUAUCGAAACUCGUAGAAAUUUACACGCGUCCUAAGAUCUAAUAAAACUUUAUUUAUUUAAAACUUUUGGGAAAUAAGUGAAGAAUGACGGAAUGACAAAUAUUUGGUAGGAAGAUCGUUAAUUGAAGCUGAGAGCCUUAUAACGAUCGACAAAACGUGUUGUUCUAUAACGCCCUUCGGCUUACAGGUUUGUCAUCUUAUGAUGGCACACGUACUAAUGGCGUUAACUGAACUUACUGAACUGUGUAACGAGAUAAAUGGAGUUCUAUUAUAAUAGAAUUAACGCGUGUACAUUAUCGUCAGACAGAAUUAAAAGGAUUUAAGAGGCUAUAAGGACAUUAUGUACAAUUCGAGCUGUGUAUACGUUACUCGCUGUGGAAAGAACAUACAUAUUUAAACGCGUGUCUGUAUUCGUGUCUGUAUCUCUUUGUGCAACAUAACUUCUUAACGGCAUGAUAAGCGUGUUGCAGUACAGUUUUAAGAAUCCACGCUGUAAGUUAACUAAACAGAGUUCUAGUUGUUAGGGUUAAAUCCAAGCGUCUUCGUCUUCUUAAAAGAGGUCAAACGGCGUCUAAUACCAUGUGUCGUUCGCUCGUCGAUGAAUAAAUUGUUAUAUCGAGAACCCGGGGUAUGGAUGUCGAGGUUGAUUUGCAAACAUUUUCUGUAAAUCUAACCGGGAUAAUUGAUGAUGAAGAAUAGAUAAAAACACGAUGGAGUUUUGAUCGCUAGAGCUGGAUUGUUGAUUAUUGGAAUCUCGUAAGAAUUAUUUUAAUUUCGUAUGAAAGAUGGAUUUUAGUAAACUCGAGGUAGGAUAUAUUUUCCACAAAUUUCGCUCGCACCCUUGAUCGAUCUGGAAGCUCGGAAAACGAAAAGUUAUUUUUAUAUCGCGACGGUUUGCUCGCUUAGCAUAUGCGAUUCAUUGCAUAUGCAUAGAAAGUAUGGAGAAACUUCUGAGCCUGUCAUAAUUUGAGGUAAUAACCGCGGUAGAAUCAAGGACGAACGUCGCCUGUAAUCUACCAUUAGCGUCUCGAUUCCCAGGAAAUGCAAGUUACUCAACUGGAAUUGCAUUUAUGUACUAUGAGAGAGAGAGAGAGAGAAAAAAGGAGAGUCACGUUUAUCGUAGAAUGAUUGGUGCGUGAAACGACGAAAAUCACUAGUUGGUGCGAAAGAUCAUCGACGUUGAGAUUGCUUCUUAAGCAUAGUGUCUAGUACCUGCAUCUUUAUCCCGCGUUAAAUCCCGAAAUCUGGACAGCUUAAUUAAUGAUUUUUUAUCCUGAACUCCGUUUUUCGAUUUAAGUAUGUACUUGACAAAAUAAAAAUUACAAAAAUUAAAUAAAUAGAUUUAUUAUGUUUUCAAUGUGUUCCAUAUAUCGGGAUUUAAGCGUAUCGUUUAAACUCUGCGUUAAUUUUAAAUCGCAAUUAUAUUGCUGUUCGCUUACAGCCGAUAGGUGUAGAUCGUUGCAGUUCACAAAGUUAACGAUGUUACGAUUUUAUAGAAGUAAUAAGAAUAAUUUUCUACUCGUAUCAUUUUCCAUUGAUUAUUACGAUAGGUAUUAAUAAUACGCAAAAUCGGUUCCACGCUUUUAGCUAAUCUUAGCAAACGGUUGUACCUGGAUCACGUUCGUUUUUUGUGGGUCGAAUUCGUUUAGGUACGUGUGUCUAGAAAUAAGUGUAAUCAGAUGUGUCAAUAGCAAAAAGAAUGAAAACUAUAACAUGUUUCAUAAACUUUUUAAUUUUUAUCAAAGCAGCAAAGCUGAAGAAUUAAACUUAAAUACAGAAAAGAUUAGAAUGUAUAAAUUUGUGGGAACGAUCAUGAUAUGGUGUAGCUUUAUCAUUUGGCAUUAUUAUCUACGAAGCAAAGAGCCGUGCAAUUAAUUCCGUUCAAUCUUUUUUAUUCUCCCAACAGCUGCCACGGUUUCUAACGUCGGCCAACAACUUCGUGGAUAUACAAUACUUAUCUCGCGUGACUACGGGUAAAUUUAGUUAGGAUAUACGAAACGAUACCAUCUACCAGGACGUAAUAUCUUUUGUUCGAAAAGAGGAUCGAAAUGUCUGAAAAGUUGAAAAAUUACAUAUAUUCUAUUGAAAAUUUCUGUAUUACCUAAGCGACUUUUUAAUCUGAUCCCACGACACACCUAAUACGUUUAUGCUGAUUGCUGCGAGAGGAACACACGUGCCUCGGUGCCGUAUUUAAUGCCAUUUAAGUACAACAGUAACAUGUUCGACCAUCGUACGCUUAUAGCUCUUGUUAUAUUAUACAUUCAGUACAAUGCAUUACGCUCGCAAUUGUGCUUCGGAUACUUCUUUAUCCUCGUUCCCAAGUUUCUGGUCGAUCCAGAAAUAAAUAUCACGAUAUGCUGCAAAAAUGGCUAUGCAAUAUCCUUCAAUUUUCAUUAUUAAACGGACCAAUCUUAAUUUAUUGUAUUUUUAUCCAUGGUUAUCGGAUGAUUUCUUAAGGGCAUUCACUUUCAUUUCUACAAAUUCGUACAAAUGGACCAAUGUUUCGACUGCGUUGCAUAUUUUCCAUAACAAUCUAUAGGAUAGAUUCUCCAUUUUUAUCGUAUUUUCAGAUGCAUUUUUCUUUUCAGCGAGCGAUUAUUAAAUGGAAGUGCGGUUUGACGUGUUGAAUGUCGUUGAGAGAUAAAAUAUUAAUUUGAAAGCUUAAAUUUAACGCGGGCUAUCGUCGGCUUUUAAUAUUAAAAAUAUAGGGGAAUGUUCAGAAGCAUUUUCUCUUCGGCAUUCAACGUAUCGAAUGGAAAAGGAAGUGAUUUCGUAGAUGAAAUAUAAAAACGUUUCUAUGCCACGAUACGUUUACGUAACGCCAUGAUCAGCGACAAACAUAUUUUUUUUUUUUCGCGCGAAACGAUUUACCUGAACGCCGUAAGAAAUAUUCCUGAAGCUGAAGAAGUAAUGAAUGUUUCAACGAUCGUCAAUGUAUAAAUCUGUUGUGGCUAUGAUUGUAUUUGCACGGAGGACUUAUAGCGCGGAACAGGAUACGAGUAAUUAUCUGAAAGAAUGAGCAUCGAAACGAUCAUAUUUUACCGAAGAUAUUUCCUGUUUUUGUAAUUUAGGUUUCUGUGGUUUUCCGUGUUAUACAUUCAUAGCUCAAUUCUGAUCUUUGUAAGCUCGACCUGUUCGAUAAAAGAGGAGUUAUCUAUCGUUUGCUAUAUUUUAGAUCCCAAAGAAUCAUUCACGCUGUUCAAGAGACAAGUUGCAAGAAAAUUUACAGACAAUAUUUUUCAAUCUCUUCAGUUCCUAAAAUAUAAUACUUUCUAUCAUAGAAAGACAGCGAUAUACGCUAAAUCGAUUUCGUUAAUUAGAACAUACCAUUCCGAUCAAUCAAUCGUUAAUGACGGAGAAUGAUUGUUGCGUGUUUCGUGAAUUUCGUGAAAAUUUGCGUUAAACGAGCGUGAAAAGAACGAGGAAACCGAAAGGAAGAGCGUGACGAGAAUAAUAACGAGCGUUCCAAUCGAUCCUAUCGUUUCUCACCGUUUGUUGCCGGCUCGAGAUGGCUCAGAUAUUGAAGGUACUUAAAGGAUUCGUGAUUCGUGAAAAUCGUUGGCUCGUUAAAUUUAAUUCCGCCAUGGAUAGGAAUGAUGCUCGCCUCGACGAGAUUGUUAUCGUUGUACCUAAAAUUAUAGAUAUUAACUUAAAAAAACAAACAAAAAAAAAACAGAGACACAAAGACACUGUCGUUCUCUCGCUAUUUAUUGUAUUGUAACGAUGGGUAUGAUAUACCGGAAAAAUAAAACUAUUAUUACUCUGAA